CUAUUACAGAUAUAUAAAUUGCAUGUAAUAUGUAUCUACUGAUCAAAGAUCCACAAUGGUCACUUACGAAAUUAAAGUGAAAACCGGGGAUGUACUGGGGGCGGGUACAGAUGCCAACGUAAAAAUAGUUCUACUUGGUAGAUGUGGGAAACAAACGCAAUCCGCCAAUCUGGAUAACAGGUUUAGAGAUGAUUUUGAAAGAUUCCGGACAGAUGUCUUCACCAUAAAAGAUAAAACAGAUAUUCCUGAAGUGACUGAAAUCAAGCUGCGGAGAGACAAAGCGGGUUCCCGCAGUGAUUGGUUUGUCGAAAAGAUCCAGGUAACCAAUCAGAAGAGCGGGUGUACUUCUGUUUUUCCAAUACUUCGGUGGAUACGUCCUGAUAUUGACCUUUAUUUUGGACGAUAUGACGCCUUUCUGCCUCAGUUUGAUCCUCAUCCAGAACAGCGAAGGGCUGAACUUUAUGAGAAAAGAAAACUAUACGAGUACCAAGAAAAAAGACCGGGAUUUCCCGUUCAGGUUAAAAAAGUCCCCGAUGACGAGGAAUUUUCCUUUUGUCACAAGUUUGAUCUGACUAAGAUGAAGCUCACUAUGGAGGCCAGCAAGGCGAAGGAGAUGAUAUUGGGUGAUGGAGCGUGGGAAACUUUAGACGACAUGAAAAAUAUCUGUUUGAAAACAUUUAAAGUGCCCAAG